GGGAAAUUUGGACAGAGAGACACCCACAUAGGAAGAACAUCAUGUGAAGGUAAAGGCAGAGAUUAGGCGAUGUUUUUGCAAGCCAAGGAAUACCAGAGAUUGCUAGCAAACCAUCAGAAACAAGAUGAGAGGCAUGGAACAGAUACUCUCACAUAGCUCCAAGAAGAAACCAACCCUGCUUAUACCUUGACCUUUCUCUUCUAACCUCCAGAACUAAGAGACAAUAAUGUUUGUGGAUUAAGACAUCCAGUUUAUGGGUUUUCGUUAUGGCAGACCUAGCAAAACUAACAUAUACUACCCAGUGCAGAUUUGCUCUCCAUCUUCCACUCCUCCCCUACAUGAAAUAACUAGAUCUUAUCUGGCUAAUGUCCAAAAUGUCUCAUAGGUUCAGGCUCUACUCUGUUUCCAUUGCCUCUGUAGACAUAUUGGGUAAUUGGGUAAUCAGUAAGCACCAUGAUAGGAGAAGAUAGAAAGGGACUUAGUUGACCAAAUGCAGCAAGGCUAGGUCAAAGCGGGUGUAAGAGGGAGAGGGUCUGGGAUUCAAAAGUGAUGUGGAAAUGUUGGGGCUGGCAAGCACAGGUUGAGAGGAUGCCUAACUUACCACUUGGUUGGAAAAUGCUGAAACGGCAGAGGCUACACCAAAUGUCCAAGGGGCGGGGCUGGCCAGAGGCCAAGAUUUCCCUGGGUUUUGUCCCAUGGCUGACUUUGGGGCUGGAUUUUCACCUGGGGUGUGUGUUGGGGUCUGAGUGGAGAUCUUGGGGAGAUCUUUGCUACUGGGUUUCUUUAGGGUGUGGCCGCGGGGCACACAUCCAGAAGCACUGGCCUUGUGAAGCUCCCGAGAGUGUUCUUUGAACUACUGCAAACCCAACCGGCAGGUUUGCUGAAAAGUGGCCACGUUCCAGUCCAAAAUGUGUGAGCCAAGAGGGUGCUUAGCAUUCCCCAGGCCCAGUCCCAGCUCUGUCAAGAAAUGGGAGACUUCACCGUAGCACUGGGAAUUGGAUUCUAAACUUUAGGAUCAAGCAAUGAAAGGACCUGGAAUAAGAUACCUUCUUGACCUCCCUGAAGGGCUCUGAGCAGCUGAGCUUGCCUUUCUCUUUGCUCCCCCAGUCCUCCCCUUACUUCUCAGUCUCCUACUCCCCGUCGCUCCUUUCCCUGCCUCCUCCUGCCUGUCUCCUUCUUCCUCCCUUUCUUCUCUCACCCCAUUAAUCCCCCCUUGUCACUAUCACCUCCUCCCUCCAGUCUUUCCCCCUUCGCUGCCCCUUCUUUCCUCCGACCUUUCCUUCUCUUACUGCCCCUGUCUCCCACCUUUCUCUUCCCCCCCCAUAUCUCCCUCUCCCUACCUCCUCCUCCUGUUCAUCUUUCUCCUUCCCCCUUAUUUUUCUAUCUCCUUCCUCAGUCUGACUCCCCUUUCCACCCUCCUUUUGCCCGUCACUUCGCCUUCUCCCUCAUUGCCCCCUCCCUCUCUCCUCCUCCCCGGGUCCUGCCCCACUCAGCUCUGUUUGCUUUUCUCCCGGAUCCGGAUGGAGGGGUUGCCCUGCCCAUGCCCAGCCCUGCCCCACUUCUGGCAGCUUGGAUCUCGCUUCAUGGCUGAGGGCUCCAGGACUCAGGCCCCUGGGAAAGGGCCCCCACUCAGCAUCCACUUCCUGCGAGCCCAGUAUGAAGGCUUGAAGAGGCAGCAGAGGACCCAGGCCCACCUCCUGGUGCUUCCGAAAGGAGGAAACGCGCCUGCUCCUGCGGAAUCGAUAGUCAAUGCUGUUUGGAUUAACAAGGAGAGAAGGAGCUCACUGUCCCUGGAAGAGGCAGAUUCCAAGGUGGACGGGAGGCUGGAGGAGGCUGCCCAGGGCUGUCUUCAGGGCCCCGAGUCUCCAUGGCACACGCACCUGGAGAUGCAUCAUUUGGUUCAAACCUUCCCCCAGGACACCAGUCAUCAAGUACAUCAUAGGGGCAAGCUUGUGGGAUCUGACCAAAGGCUCCCUCCUGAAGGAGACACACACUUGUUUGAAGCCAAUCAGAUGAUUCAGCAAGCAACUGGAAUCCCAGAGGCUGCCCAGCUCCCAUGCCAGGUGGGCAAUACCCAAACAAAGGCAGUGGAAUCUGGCUUAAAAUUCAGCACUCAAUGUCCUCUUACCAUAAAGAACCCACACAGGUCUGGCAAACCAGCUUACUAUCCAUUUCCCCGGAGGAAAUCUCCCAGGAUCUCCCAAGCUGCCCGGAACCUGGGUUUAUAUGGCUCACCCUGAAGCUUUCUAUUCUGCCAAAUGUCUUGACCUUGAGGCCACCUAUGGCCUCAUGGAAGAACCAAUGAGGCAGAGCCACAACUAGGUCUCUAGCUAUGAGCAAGAACUGAACUAACCCAAUUAUAGGCAUUGUGGGAGAUGAACUUCACAGUGGUAACAUGGGUUUACCCUUUAAUAAGAAACUUCCCAGGCCAAAUUGCCCACAGUUUAGGAUGGAGAGGACUGUCUGGUCAGUGCAGCCCCAUUCUGACAUUGAUAUGAGGUCCUGGCUAUCCAUUCCUUGGGGAGGACCAGUAAGACAUCUGCUCCAUCCCUGGAACUGGAGAAUUUUGAAACAUAAACCAGGGACUCUAGCCAAUAGAACGCCUUAGCAAUGCCCAGGGGUCAAUGGGCAUGGGCAUUCUUGUUUUCAAUGUCUUCUGAUGAUUUCUCACAUAUUCUGGAGAAGACAAGCUCUGAGAAUUCAGACGCUGCUUCUGGUGGCUGUGUGUCUGGGGGGCCAUCUCACUUAGAAGUCACAACACUCAUUGGCAGUGAUCACAUCAUUUCAAUUUGGGCUUCCCAAAGUAUGGUUACCCUGUAUGAAGGUCAGAUCAAUGCUACCUACCGUUUUGUGUCUUUAAGGAGUCUUUAGAAAGGGCUGAUCAUCUGUCACUGCUCACUGAGACAUGUACAUUCCAACAUCAUCACAGAUUUAUCUCCUUCCUUCUUUCUCUCCCUCCCUCCUUCUGUCUCUCCCUCCAUUCCUUCCUUCCUUCUUUCCUUCCUCUCUUCCUUCUUGUCUAUUUCUCUCUCUGCAAGUUAAUUUCUUAUUAAAAACUGCCACUCAUUGAAGAUAUAUAACGAUGGGAUCCUGAACAAAAAGAGGCAAAGAAAUUCUCCUGCUUGAAAAAUACGCAUUUCCUAGAGACUGCCUCCUGUUUAGUCCAACUUGGAUCACUCAGAUCCUUCCUGGGAUCAAAUACAUAUUUUUAAACGUAAGACAAAGCGAACCAGGUGUUACUUGGGUGAUAGGAAAAAAAAGCUUGUCUUUCCUGAUUAAUGUUUAGCUUUAGUAAUGCUAUUUAAACACACCUAAGGUGCCUUUCCCUCAUCUCAGGUGCUUUCUCUGUAAAGUUUCACCCCCACCUUUCUUUUCUCCCCAUGACCAUCCAGUCUUGCCCAUCUACAUCCAGAGGUGUUAACCAGCAGUGUCAUUACCUGUCAAAAACAUGUAGGUGCCUCCUUGAACCACCCAGAAAUCCACUCCAAUUUGGGGAUUGUCAUUCCUUUUGUGAAUAAUUAAUACAAUUCAGUUGUUUUUAAAAUAUUCUAAUAAAAAAAGACAUUUUCUCAAAAA